AUGGGAAGUUACUACAUUAAUCGGACCUUCUUCUUUGAUGUCCACCCUCCUUUGGGGAAGAUGCUGAUUGGACUUGCUGGCUACCUUAGUGGAUAUGAUGGUACAUUUCCUUUCCAAAAGCCAGGAGACAGAUAUGAGCAGCACAACUACGUGGGAAUGAGAGGGUUCUGUGCGUUCCUUGGCUCCUGCCUUGUUCCCUUCGCCUACCUCACAGUGCUGGAACUGUCAAAGUCAUUGCCAGCAGCCUUACUCACAGCUUUCAUCCUUAUUUUUGAUACGGGCUGUAUUACUUUGUCCCAAUAUAUUCUGCUGGAUCCCAUUCUGAUGUUCUUCCUCAUGGGAGCUGUUCUGAGUAUGGUGAAAUGUAACAGCUGUGCAGAUAGACCAUUUUCUACCUCCUGGUGGUUCUGGCUGAGUCUGACUGGCAUGAACCUUGCUGGAGCAAUGGGGGUAAAGUUUGUUGGCCUUUUUGUAGUCCUCUUUGUUGGCCUGAACACCAUCUAUGACCUAUGGGACUUGUUGGGGAACCUCAGCCUGUCACUGGUCAUGUUUGGGAAGCAUUUACUGGCUCGUGUACUCUGCCUCAUCCUGCUCCCACUUUGCCUCUACACAGCUAUGUUUGCUGUUCAUUUUACAGUAUUAAAUAAAAGUGGUCCUGGGGAUGGUUUCUUCAGUUCAGCGUUUCAAUCCCAGCUGAUUGGGAACAAUCUUCAUAAUGUCUCCAUUCCAGAGCACUUGGCGUAUGGGUCUGUGGUCACAAUGAAGAACCUUCGGAUGGCAGGGGGAUACCUUCACUCCCACUGGCACCUCUACCCGGAGGGCAUUGGGGCUCGCCAGCAGCAGGUCACUGCCUACUUACAUAAAGAUUUGAAUAACCUGUGGAUUAUAAAGAAACAUGAUUCGGAUACAGCAGAUCUGUCAGAUCCCUCGAGCCCUGUGGAGUUUGUGAGGCAUGGAGAUAUUAUUCGUCUGGAACACAAAGAAACUUCUAGAAAUCUUCACAGUCACCAGCAUGAGGCUCCCCUGACAAGGAAGCAUUUCCAGGUCACUGGCUAUGGAAUAAAUGGAACAGGAGAUUCCAAUGAUUUCUGGCGGAUUGAAGUGGUGGGCAGAAAGACUGGGAAGCUCAUCAAAGUCCUACGGAGUCAGGUCCGGCUAACCCAUGUGGCCACCGGGUGUAUAUUGGGCUCUUCUGGAAAGACUCUGCCAAAAUGGGGUUGGGAGCAAGUGGAAGUUACCUGCACACCAUACCUGAAGGACACUCCCAAUUCUCUCUGGAACUUUGAAGAUCAUAUUAACCCUAAGUUGCCCAAUAUCAGCCUGGAUGUUUUGAAGCCCUCUUUUGCAGAAAUUCUGCUAGAAUCCCACAUGGUUAUGAUCCGGGGAAACCUUGGCCUCAAACCAAAGGACAAUGAAGUCACAUCCAAACCUUGGCACUGGCCCAUCAACUACCAGGGCCUGCGUUUUUCUGGUGUCAAUGAGACUGAUUAUCGGGUUUAUUUACUGGGAAACCCGGUGAUUUGGUGGCUAAAUCUGGUCACUAUUGGGUUAUAUCUUCUCAUAACAGUUUCCACUGCAGUGGCCCUGAAGAGAGGUGUCCAGCUGACAUCUGAACUCAAAGAACUGUCUAGAGUUGUGCUACGUGGUGGAGGGCAGAUCACACUAGGCUGGCUCCUUCAUUACCUCCCUUUUUUUAUGAUGGGACGAGUUCUCUACUUUCACCACUACUUUCCUGCCAUGCUUUUUUCCAGCAUGUUGACAGGAAUCACCUGGGACACACUACUGAAGUUCUGUACUGGGUUCUUGUCACCCAGCACAACAGCUAGAAAAGUAUAUGGAGGGGGGUUCCUGGCACUGGUUCUGCUCAUCAUGUACAGCUUCUACCUCUUCCAUCCUUUGUCCUACGGGAUGAUAGGACCCAUGGCCUCUGACCCUAGCAGCCCAAUGGCAGGGCUCCGAUGGAUGGAUUCCUGGGAGUUCUAG